GGGGCGGGGGCGGGAGGCAGCAGCGCCCCCGCACUCCCCGCGUCUCGCACACUUGCACCGGUCGCUCGCGCGCAGCCCGGCGUCGCCCCACGCCGCGCUCGCUCCUCCCUCCCUCCUCCCGCUCCGUGGCUCCCGCGCUCCUGGCGAGGCUCAGGCGCCGAGCGCGCAGACGGGCGCACGGACAGACGGCCCCGGGGACGCCUCGGCCCGCGCCUCCCGGGCGGGCUAUGUUGAUUGCCCCGCCGGGGCCGGCCCGCGGGAUCAACACAGCCCGGCCCGCGGCCCCGGCGGCCAACCGGGACUAUGAACCGGAAAGCGCGGCGCUGCCUGGGCCACCUCUUUCUCAGCCUGGGCAUGGUCUACCUCCGGAUCGGUGGCUUCUCCACAGUGGUAGCUCUGGGCGCAAGCAUCAUCUGUAACAAGAUCCCAGGCCUAGCUCCUAGACAGCGGGCGAUCUGCCAGAGCCGGCCCGACGCCAUCAUCGUCAUAGGAGAAGGCUCGCAAAUGGGCCUGGACGAGUGUCAGUUUCAGUUCCGCAAUGGCCGCUGGAACUGCUCUGCACUGGGAGAGCGCACCGUCUUCGGGAAGGAGCUGAAAGUGGGGAGCCGGGAGGCUGCAUUCACCUACGCCAUCAUUGCUGCCGGCGUGGCCCAUGCCAUCACAGCUGCCUGUACCCAGGGCAACCUAAGCGACUGUGGCUGCGACAAAGAGAAGCAAGGCCAGUACCACCGGGACGAGGGCUGGAAGUGGGGUGGCUGCUCCGCCGACAUCCGCUACGGCAUCGGCUUCGCCAAGGUCUUUGUGGAUGCCCGGGAGAUCAAGCAGAAUGCCCGGACUCUCAUGAACUUGCACAAUAACGAGGCAGGCCGAAAGAUCCUGGAGGAGAACAUGAAGCUGGAAUGUAAGUGCCACGGCGUGUCAGGCUCGUGCACCACCAAGACGUGCUGGACCACACUGCCACAGUUUCGGGAGCUGGGCUAUGUGCUCAAGGACAAGUACAACGAGGCCGUUCACGUGGAGCCUGUGCGUGCCAGCCGCAACAAGAGGCCCACCUUCCUGAAGAUCAAGAAGCCACUGUCAUACCGCAAGCCCAUGGACACAGACCUGGUGUACAUCGAGAAGUCACCCAACUACUGCGAAGAGGACCCGGUGACCGGCAGUGUGGGCACCCAGGGCCGCGCCUGCAACAAGACGGCCCCCCAGGCCAGCGGCUGUGACCUCAUGUGCUGUGGGCGUGGCUACAACACCCACCAGUACGCCCGCGUGUGGCAGUGCAACUGUAAGUUCCACUGGUGCUGCUAUGUCAAGUGCAACACAUGCAGCGAGCGCACGGAGAUGUACACGUGCAAGUGAGCCCUGUGUGCACACCACCCUCCCACUGCAAGUCAGAUUGCUGGGAGGACCGGACCGUUUCCAAGCUGCGGGCUCCCUGGCAGGUCACUGCCUGGAUCUUCACAGGGAACCGCAGGAAUGCUGAGCUUGUCUUUUCUGCUGAGGAGGGUACUUUUCCUGGGUUUCCUGCAGGCAUCUGUGGGGGAAAAAAAAAUCUCUCAGAACCCUCGACUAUUCUGUUCCACACCCAAUGCUGCUCCACCCUCCCCCAGACACAGCCCAGGUCCCUCUGCGGCUAGAGCGAAGCCUUUUGCAGCAGGAACUCUGGACCCCUGGGCCACAUCAUAGCAAUAUUUAACAAUUUAUUCUGAUAAAAUAAUAUUAAUUUAUUUAAUUAAAAAGAAUUCUUCCACCUCGUCGG